AUGUGUCAAUUCUCCCUUCUCUCUCAACACCAAACCCAAACCCUAUUCUCUCCCCAAAUCAAAACCCACCAAAAAUCUCCUGUUACAAGUGUCUCAUCCCUGUUUCAAGAAAUCAUCAAUAAAAAAUCCCCAAAUCUCUUCAUUCUCCCAAAACCCUCGUGCAAAUUGUAUAAUUUAACGAGAGAUGAAUGGCAGAGUCUUGAGAAGUUUGAGAGUGGUGGUUAUUCGUCCAAGAAUACGAAGAAGAGGUUUGAAUGUUUUGUUCCUGUGCUGGAUAAUAUUCUUGAGAAAGCUAGACAGGAAGAAGAGCAUGUUACAUCUUUGGAUCCUAAGAGUAGGGUUGCUUCGGCGAGUGGAACUGAGACUCCAUGGUCACAAACACUUGUUACUGAUUUGACUGUUGCUGGUGAGGGUAGAGGGAGUGAUUAUUAUAUGGAGCCUGAUUCGCCCCCUGAUGCUUAUCGUGCGUCGACGCUGAAGUUGAGUGGCGAAGAUUCGACUGGUGAUUUUAGUCCUGGCUUGUUGGAUCUGCAUUCUUUUGAUACUGAGCUUCUUACUGAGAUUCCAACCUACGAUGCAUAUGAAUCCAACUCUCUUUACUGUGGUAGAAGGUUUGAUAACUCUGAACCUUACAUGAGCAAACAGACUGCCAAAACUCGUGCUUCUGACAAUGCAGUGAAAAGUAUACCGGCCGACAAAGAGAAGUCUAGUUCCGUGGCGAAAAUUAAAGUUCUGGUUUGUAAAAGACCAUUGAAUAACAAGGAAUUAGCGAAGAAUGAGGAAGACAUUAUAGAAACAUAUUCCAAUUCUAUGACAGUGCAUGAAACCAAACUGAAGGUUAAUUUUACAAAUGAGAAGCUACAACAACAAUUUAACCAGCAUAUCUUUAAAAUGGAACCAGAAGGCUAA